AUGAUAGGAGAGGAUUAUCGUGAACAAUAUAAAGAAAAUGAUGUAGAUCCACCUCUUUGGGCCGAACAAAUUGCACAAAGCAAUGAAUUAGAAAAAAGUUUUUAUCGAACAGUACCUCUUGACGAUUAUGGAAUGACUGAUUUAGAUACAGACGAGGGAGGAUUUGGACAAGAAGGAGGGAAAUACUUGACACAAAAAAUAUUGCAAGAUUUUGAAGAAAAAAUUGGGCAGGGCAAACUUGAAUUAACUGAUUCCUUAAUUGUGCAUGUGGAUUCGCCUGAAAAUCGGCCGCUUAAUGAAUUUGAAGAAGUAAUGGAUUUAUUUGGAAAAGACAAAAUAUUCGUUAAUUCUGGACGUCCUUUUAGUGAAGAUGAUUGUGAAAGUUUGAGUACUUUUACUGAAAAUGAACGUGAAAGACGUAAAAUAAAUACUCGAAAACGUUCAUUUAAACCUCCACUUUUAUUAAACAAAAAUGAAGUUAAACAAAAAAUACAAAAUAAUCGACGUCGAAAAUGUGCUUCAGAUGCUCGUUAUCGAAAUUUGUCUGCUUAUAAUGGCUUUCUUUCAAAUGACUUUGAAUGGGAUGAUGAUGCUUUUAUUGGUUAUCAGAAUAUUUCUGUUGAUAAUUCUUUUGACAAAUUGCCGGAUAUUCUUUUGGAUGGGGAAUUUAAUGAAACUAAAAAGGUUUUUAGUCUAAUAUCAUUUUUAAAUAUACCCGAUACCAAUAUAUUUCUGUUUAAUCUACGGUUUAUAUUCUUCUAA